GCCUCAUGGUGGGUUGGAACAGGGAUCUCCCUGAAUUUGAGGGCUACUUCAAAGUUGACGAACAAGAAGCCCACACAGGCAUCCAUCACCAAGGUCAAACAAUUUGAAGGCUCCACGUCAUUCGUACGGAGAUCACAGUGGAUGCUUGAGCAGCUUCGCCAGGUCAACGGCAUAGAUCCUAAUCGGGAUUCUGCAGAAUUUGAUCUGUUGUUUGAAAAUGCUUUUGACCAGUGGGUGGCCAGCACAGCCUCAGAAAAGUGCACCUUUUUCCAGAUUCUGCACCACACCUGCCAGCGGUACCUCACUGACAGGAAGCCGGAGUUUAUCAACUGCCAAUCUAAGAUCAUGGGAGGAAACAGCAUCCUCCAUUCAGCGGCCGACAGCGUGACCAGUGCCGUACAGAAAGCGAGCCAGGCCUUGAAUGAGCGUGGGGAGCGUUUAGGCCGAGCCGAGGAGAAGACAGAAGACAUGAAGAACAGCGCCCAGCAGUUUGCAGAAACUGCACACAAGCUUGCCAUGAAGCACAAAUGUUGAGAAACUGAGAAACUGCCUAUCCUGGUGACCCUCUUAAGAGAAAUGGAAGAGUUUGAUCUGCGGUUUUGACAAGAAUUCUGGACCUCUGCUUGCUUCUUUUUUUCCAGUAUAUGGACAUGUAGGGUUUUUGGGUUUUCCUUUCCAGGUGUUCAUAGGAAAGAAAAGAUGUUGUGUUUAUACAGUUCCCUAAUGAUCUUGCUAAGAAUGCUGCAAAAGCACCAGCUUCACUUUGGUGUCCCCCCCCCCACUGGGUAUAUGUACAUGUUUGUUUUCCCUUUUUAAAAAGUUUUCUUUUGAUCGUUUGAAUAUGAAAUAUGGACUACAUGAUAUAAUGAGCUGGAUCUAAACUGGCAACAUAUUUUUGUCCUGAUAUUAAGCAGGAGGACAUUUUAAUGUGGUGACAUCAAAUGUUUUUGUUCCUGGAUGGAAAUAAAAAUCAAGCAGUGAUUGGUGUCUCUCAGUCUCCUAGCUACUCUUAAUUUGAAGAUUAAGAUUCAAUGACCGAAGACAUAAGUCUGUAUCAUGGAAAGCGAUUGGCUCUAUCAGAGGAAACAGCAGCCUUGGAUUUUGCUCUUUAUGUCAUAAUGUUCUGCAUAAGCCAUCACCAGCAUUCAAAAACAAAUCAGAAUCAUUGGUAGAAAUCUAGUUUCUGAGCUACAGUUUAAAUACUUGCAUUACUUGUUUAAAGGCUGAUUAUUUAGAAUUAUCAUCUGAAGGAUAAAACUUUGAGAUUGAAGACCUAAGGAAAAGCCUACUUAAGAACUCUUUGCGUUCAGGAAUGUUUCUUUGUCAUUGCCCCAAAUCAAGGUAGCUAGCAUUGAAAAGAACUUGGAUUUUUAUCAAGAUAAAGAUUUGUCUAGAUAAAGGUUCUGUAUAAGUGAUAAUGUGAAAAGAUACUACAUUUAAAGCCUUUUUCUUUUCUUUUUACAAAGUCAAGCAUAUCUUAGAAGCUUCACAGUGUCCUUGGGAAAUGGACUUCACUUUAUUGGUAUCUAGAAUUUGGAGGAUCUGAUGUUAUGGCUGUCUAUUUAUUUAAUGUAUCUGAAAGGGUAGGUUGUUUGACAGGUUGCACUUCGUGACAGUUGCAGUUUGCCUGACCUGACAUCACAUAGCACAGACAUGAAGCCCUCACAUUGCAGUUGAAUUAAGUCAGAUUGGCUCACACACCUGAUUUGUAUAUUUUGCAAGAUAGGACUGGGCUGAAAGUCUGGACAGUCUGUUUCUUAAGGGGUUAAAAUGCUAACCCUAAAAACUGUGUCUUCAUGCAACAAGGAGGCAGGGCUGCACAUCCCGGAGACCUCCCCAGCUAGCUCCCACAGUACUGCACUGACUCAUAAGCUACUUGAAUGUUCAGGAACUCUCUCUGCUCCUUCCUACCCAUUGAGCCCUAGUCUGUGUGUAUGGUUGCCUCUUAAAUGUGAGAUGACUUUCAGAUAGUUAUGCUGACUUAUAUAGCUUAAGUUCUCCUGAUAAAGAAUUCUAGGAGCAAUAGAAAGUUGAGCUAUUGGGGUGGAGAUGAAGGGAUAUCUUAGACAGUAUGUGUCAAAAGGAAGAUAGGAUAUUCUGGAGACAAGUUUCUGAAUCCUCUUAGUGAAAUCAUCUAGUUCAACAAAACUGUCUGUAAAUACAGGUGAACUAUAUAAGUUUACUGAAAGAUUUUGUGCUUUUCUUUUGGUGUCUUUAAAGUUUGAAGCAGUGAAUUUGUUAUCUGGUGAGUACCACUAGAAGCACGUACAACUUCUAAGAAAAGCUCAAAAAUGUCACUCCAAUGAGGUUGUGUUUGCAGACUUUUGUUCAGAAAGCGCACACACACACACACACACACACAUAAAUUCAUCUUCCCAAAUUGGAUUCUAGCUUCAGAGAUAGUUGGUAUGAAUAAUUGAAAAGAUAAAUCUAAAACCUCCUCUGACAAUCAGCCAAACUCAAAAAUAAAAUUAUUGCCAACUAUCUAACAUCAGUGUUUGUGAAGCUGCUUCUAAAGUAGCAGAAGAUGAGGUCAUAAGCUCACUUGAGGUUCCUCCUUGCUGACAGAGUUGUGAUAGUACUCUUCAUAAAUACAAGUAUCCACAUCUGCCCUCUUUCCUCACUGUUGGCUCUCUUAGACCCAUGUCUUCUUGGAUUAGGGAAAAGCCUAUCUGAAUCUUAGCUUCUCCUGUUGAUUUGCUUCCAGACCAAGUUCUUAUGCUGCCUUCCCUGUGUCCAAAUCCUGCCUCACUCUCUGUCCCUCUGACCCCCCUCAAAUCUCUUCCCCCCUCUAAAGGAGCCCUGGGAUAACACACAUGAAGGCCUUUGCCAUCUUUUUGCAGAAGGUGCUGUCGUACAAAAUAUUAAUACAAUCUAACCUAGAGAAAGUUGCUAAUGACUCACAUUAUUUGGGACCAAAUAGUUUGAUUGGUUGAUCUUGCUAGAAGACAUUUCAUUUCUGCACUGCACUAUGAGUUUGAGGGAUACUAUAUUUCUGUGAGGAUUUCUUAAAUUGUAUUGACAAUGCCUAAAGAAAAGAACUUCCCAGUGUUAUCACUUCUUCUUGGAAUGUAGCUGUAGUAUUCUAGACUAGUAUUAGAUAUCUGUGGACAGGAAAUAUAGUUAUUCAGGUUAAUGUUUCCUCUUAAAGAAUGUAUUUGUAAAAUGUAAUAAGAUCAGUAGUUAACUUUUUUUAAGCUCUGAAAAAAAUUAAGAUUAUGUGUUAGACCUAAAAUUAUAGUGAAAUCUGUCUUAAUACUACUUUUGUGGCUAGAAAAUGUAGUGCAUUUAUGUAGAAAUACUUACAAAAUGGCCUACAUAAAGAAUAUUAAAGAUGGAUCUCGCUUUUAAUUUUUAGAAUUGUGACACUGUUGUCUGUUGUACAGUUAUUCUUCAGAAGUUCUCUAAGAUGUCAAGUACAAUUUUUGUUUCUUUCAAAGACAAGUAACACCUGCUCUAUGAUUCACUAGUAUU